AUGAAGACCGCUUUCGUCGUCACUGCCUUCAUUGCGAGCGCUCUCGCCCGGUCUUUCAACCUUGCCGUCGCCAAGUCUGAGUUUAGGCAACUCAACGACCGUUUCGUUGCGGCCAAGGAUGGCCACUUCGUUGUUACGAAAGACAUCGCCCCUGGCGAGUUUAAGGGCGGAAAUGGCGAACUCAAGCUCUCUCCCGGCAAGAAGGUGUACGCUGGCCCUACUGGUCACAUCGGUUACUUUACAGGCUCUUCAAAGGCCCCCAAGGGCUUUGUGAUUAAGGGCUGUUCCAAGACUCCAGCCGACGGCGAGGUACACUGGACUAAGGGCGCCGUCUUCGCUUGCCCCAACGUCUCCUUCAACAUCGGCACUCCCACGGAGUACCAGCUCUUCGCCAACCAUGAGGGUACCCCCACCGGCCAGGCCGACAAUUGCUUCAACAUUCACCUGAGUAUCGAGGAGACCAAAUAA